UUUGAGCCGUUGUUCAUGUGGGCUCUUUAGUUAUGUGUGCUAUUAUCUUUGUCGAUUGGACGCUUGCUGUUUUGUGGACAUUGGCAACAAGGUUGAAGGAAUAAAAAAAACCAAGAUGAGUUUAUCCCAUGGACAGUUACUGGUCCAUUGUAUUCGGGUGCUGGAUUCAUACAACAGUGACACACAAUCAGUUGAGGAACACGUCAACAAAUAUCUGAAAAACAACCAGAUUUAUGAUGAUAGUGAUCAGACAUUUAUUGUGGAAGUGUUCUCUGAGUGUGUUCGUUAUUCCAACCUAAUGCAAGUUGUCCUGGAUGGAUUUUAUGCUAAGGAUGGAAAGAAAACCCUUCGCUCAGAACAAAACCUUUACACAGUUGUGUGUUACUUGGCUUUGUUUCGAUUGGAUGAACUGGGAAUGGCUCAUUUUCGAAAGUUUGUUUCAUCACAAGACAUAAACCGAAUGUACAGGUUCCUGAAUUUUUUCCUGGAUGAGAAGAAUUUACUGACCUGGAUUCAGGAUGGCUGGGAGAAAUACUAUGAGCAUGUGUUUGUGGAGACCAACAUGAUCUCCUCCAUUCAGAGAUGGAUGCCUGAACUUCAAGAAAUGAUAGGCCAAAUGAAAGAUAAGAUUGCCAACAGACUCAAACCCAAACGUAAAAACUUGCCAACUACAGAAAUAAAACCAUUCAACAUCACACAGCCCCGUCCCAGAAGUAUACCAAUCCCAGAGCCAAUUCCCAAGUUGAAGAAACAUAAACCAGUUCCCAAAACACUUUACUCUGAGCCGAAGGAGUUCAGCCAAAUCAAGAAGUGUAAGGAAUCAAAUCGGAGAAUAGCUGAGGAGAGACUGAUGGAAGCUUCUGGAAUCAAGUUUGCCUGUGCUAACCCAGCCAAAUCAGAGAAAACCAUUGAAAUCUUGAAUAACAUUGUCAGUGAGGAGGAGGCCAAGCUGGAGUUUGAGAGACACAGAGCCAACCCACCCCCCUCCUUCCUGAGCCGAGAAGUACCAAUAAAGAUGAACACUGCCACCAUAUUACGUGAGGGAAACCUAUACAGAAAAAAAGAGGCAGAGGAAAUCAAAAAGUGGGAGAACCUAGAAGCAGGAGCCAAAGAUGCCAGUGAUUUCUUGAAAUGGCAGACAGAGAUGAGACAGCAGGAUUUGGAGGAUGAGCUUGCUGAGAUCGAGCGUCGACGCCUACAGGGCAAGCUCAGUCAUGAGGAGGCAAUCCUGGCGCGACAAGAUCUCAUACAGGAAAACAAACAGAAAGUCAAAAGCAUGAAAGAAGAGACAGAAAAAAUGAUGCAGGAUUAUCUUCAAAAGAAAUUUAGUGAAGAGAAAGAAAUGAGACAAUUAGUUGAAGAUACCAUGCAAGGACACAAGAAUGCCAAGGAAGCGACCAAAAAGUUACGGGAAUACAAGCGUAAAAUAGUCCAAGAAGUGAAUGAAGAGAGCAAAGAACUGAUGAAGCAGGCCCUGGAGGAGGCUGAGGAAGAAAUGAGGAGACGGAUGGAGCUGAUCCAUCAGAUCCGAGCAAUGGAAGCCGUCCCGAUAAUCCGCCAGAAGUUUGUGGAUCUGACAGCUACAUCCGGCCAUGGAUUGCUCAGUGAGAUGUCCAUUGCAGAGCUCAGAGAAAGACUGUCCCUAUUUAGAAUAGCAGAAAAAGAGACAGAGGAACAGAGGCGAGAUGACAUCUUGGCAUCCAAACAAGCUAAGGAUCAGAUGCUGUUAGAAACACUGGAAACCAUAUCUAAACAUCGACUGGAGCAGACCAAGUCAGCAGCCGUAAGGUUUGAGUGCAAGAAAAAAGGUCUAAUUCCAAAGAAGCCUGAAAUAAAAGAUUCUAAACUUCUGGAGUUGGAGAAAAAACUAGAGGAAAGAAAGGCACAGCGAAAAAGAGAGCAGGAAAAACUGAAAGUAGUCCCAAGUAAACAGUCAGUGAACCAGACAAGGAGUCUUAUCAACCAAAAGAAGGCCCUAGAAGAGAGCCGUUGGCGUGAGUUGGAGAUGACACAGGAGCGCGCGGCUCGCCUGAUGGGGGACGGAGUGAUGAAGAGCCAGUCUGCCUCCAGGCUAGCCUCAGCUUCAGCCAUCAUGGCCUCAUAGUCCUCCAACACAAAAUUACUGAAAGACAAAGCAGUUUGUGUGAAGUCUGUGAUAAUUGUGAUUAUCUGCAUGGUUCUCUGUGAGUCAAACAUGGAUAUCUCCCGAUUUCCUGUAUUGUUGUGUUUAUUUCUGCAAUAGUAGGAAAUAAUUGCAGAGGGAAAGUAACACCAAAAUGAAGAGAAAUAAUGAUAUUUUGUAAUACUGUAACUUUUUAACUUACUUUUUAUUGUUUCGUACAGAUGUUAUUACAUGUAUAUUGUUUUUCAAUAAAAUUAAAGUAUGUGAAAGAAA